AGGCUGCACGAUGCAUUUCACAUUCGUUGAAGUUGAGAAGGGUUCAGCACUGCGUCGGAUCUUGACUUGUCAAUAUUUGGAGUCAAUUUUGCUGCCAGAGAAAAGCUGCAAGCUACAGGAGGUGAAUCAGGGAUAAGACAACAUGAGUGACCGUUUUGACUGUGGCGAGUGCAAGGAGUCCCUGUACGGACGCAAAUACAUCCAAGUGGAGGACGUUCCCCACUGCAUCCCUUGCUAUGACCGCCUGUAUGCCAACACAUGUCAGGAGUGCAAGGAGCUCAUCGCACACAAUGCACGGGAGCUGUUCUAUGAGGACAGACAUUACCAUGAACACUGUUUCCGUUGUUUCCGCUGUGAUCGCUCCCUGGCAGACGAGCCCUUCACCAGCCAGGAGGAGGCGCUGCUGUGCAACGACUGCUACUGCAAUGAGUUCUCCUCCAAGUGUGUGGCCUGCGACAAGACCGUUAUGCCAGGCUCAAAGAAGUUGGAGUAUGAGGGCUCUGCAUGGCACGAGAACUGCUUUGUGUGCCAUGGCUGUGAGAAGCCCAUCGGUGCCCAGUCCUUCAUCCCAGACAAAGACCACUACUACUGUGUACCGUGCUACGAGGGCAGGUUCGCCCCGCGAUGCAGCCACUGCAAAAAGGCACUGGCAACAGGGGGUGUGAGCUACAAGGAUGAGACGUGGCACAAAGAGUGUUUCGUGUGCACAGGAUGCAAGAUCCCACUGGCCGGCCAGCCCUUCACCUCCCAGGGAGACACGCCCUACUGUGUCAAGUGCUUCAGCAGCAUCUACGCACAGAAGUGUGCCUCCUGUAACUCGCCCAUCACAGGGUUUGGCGAGGGGAAGUAUAUUUCUUUCCAGGAUCGUCAAUGGCACCAGCCCUGCUUCAAGUGCUCCCGCUGCUCCGUCUCUCUGGUUGGGGCUGGCUUCUUCCCCGACCGUGACCAGAUCCUGUGUGGAGACUGCAACAACGACCAAGAAGACCAAUGAGAAUCACUGUCUUCGUCCUUCAACUGCACCUGACCAAUCACAAAUGUACAGUAAUAGCUAACAAGUUUGUAACACAGUGGUGUCCACUUCCAGGUUUGUUAACAUCUACAGUACAGUACAGAGAGCAUCUAAACCUCAACAUAUUAAAGCAAACACUACAUUUUAUACUACAUCACCUUAAAUAUAUUUAUAUUUUUAAAAUUAAAUCAGCAUUGCAUGUAUUCUGUUGUUAAACUGCCUUUACAACAUAAAUCACAUUGAAAUGUAUGUUGAAAUGUAUGUUUUAAGUCAGCAAACAAGUAUGAUGUAACUAAAGCUUUUCCUCUUGUAAUUUGUAAUAUAUUUUUGCACACAAAUACAUUAAAUAUUUCUUUUUCUAAGGUAUCGUACAUAUUAAUGCACCUGACCUGGGCUCUGCUGAAAUAUGGUGUUAGUGAUGCACAUAUAGUAUGAACUAGGUGCCUUAACAGCUGUAUUUUAUUGCAGCAAUAUAAAAAAUGAUCCAAAUGUUGUCAGAGCUCAGCUUGUCAAUAAUACAUUUUUGUAUUCUUUUAUAUAAACCAAGAUUGCCUUUCUUGCCUUGUUUUUUUAUGCUGUAUUGUAACUAUUGUGUAGUGUUACUACUCUAAAGAAAUAAAGCGUAAUUUAUUUACUGUAAUAAUAA